AUGCACUUUGCCUUGCCACUUAUUCUCCUCAGCGGGGUUGCUUCAGCUAUCCCUAAGGCGAGCACGGACAGGAUGCCUAGGCGUAUUCCUAAGGACCCUCUCGAUCAACCAGACCACUUUUCAAUGUGUCGAGCUUCCAUCAACUGUGACAUCCAGCAAGACCCAUUGACAGGAAAGAAAAAGAUGAAAUUCCACAAGGGCAUGGAGCCUGGCACUCGAAUCUUCGAAUUGACUGAGCUUAUGAACGGGGACCCGAGAGAUAGCUACUACCCCCAUUCCUGGAAGCGGAGAUCAAACCAAAAAUACGAGGACUUUAGCGAUGACCUUGCUGGGCUCCACAACCAUUCGAACCCGGACGUCAGGAACUGGGCGCAUGGCCUAAGUAAGUCCACAGGCACUAUUCACAACUCGAAGCCUCAAGUCACAAGUCAUAUGGCCUUUGGAAACGGGAAGGUCGAGUUCGGAUGCCAAUCGAACGUCAACGUCAGCGCCAUGCUGGGCAAUCUGACAAAACUCUGCAUGGACGACACCUGUCUCAGUCAGAACACCGUCCAAAUACCGAUUAUGUAUGCGGCGCCAAACUCGACCGAUGAACCGACAUCUGCAACAUGGGAAUUGUCGGCCGAUGGGCAAUAUGCAACAAAAGACCUUAAGUACAUGAUUCAAGGGAUUCAGGUCAUGGGCCAGAAGGCUACCAAGCACUGGACUCAGUCGUGGGAAGAGGAUGACACCGAUUCCUACUCAAUAUAUAACGACGAUGGGACAGGAUCCUGUGAGAUGUGGUUGGGCAGUGACGAGUACAAUCUGCUGCGCACAGGAAAGAUGGUCGAUGGUACUGCGGCCACACGCGCCAUUAUCUCAGCCUUGCCAUCUGUCUCGACUACGUCCCAGAACUUUUGCAAAGAUAUAUUCGUUACUAUUGGAGCCCAAACCAUCGCUGCGCUUAUCCCAGAAGUGGGUGGUAUACUCUCUGCCAUUUUGGGAGGAGUCACUACUGCUUGGUAA